AUGGCAAUAGCUGCUGCUCUAGGCUACGGCGCGUCAACGCUAACAGCGAGGAAGGAUGGAGCAGCUCCAAUUCUAGACGAACGCAGACUGCCACAAGUCAACUAUGCUUCUCUGGAGGAUAUGGAAAAGGCCAUCGAGGAGAUCCAAACCCUAUUUAGUGACGUUGAUGGCAUCAUCUCGACAGAUUCAGACGACCUUCUCGCACACGGCUAUUCGGAAUGGUCUUCAGUAAACGUCGAUACCCUCCCAGUUGCUGUGUCAUAUCCACGCAGCACCGAACAUGUCAGUGGUAUUGCCCGCAUCUGUCACAAGUGGAAGGUCCCCAUCAUUCCGUUUUCCGGAGGCAGCUCUGUCGAGGGCCAUAUUAGCGCUCCCUUUGGAGGCGUGAGCAUAGACUUUGCAUUUAUGGACCGCGUCGUCAAGCUCAAUAAGGAGGAUAUGGACGUUGUUGUGCAGCCAAGUGUGUGCUGGACAGAUCUGAACCAUGAGCUUGCGAAGCGGGGAACAGGGCUGUGGUUCCCAAUUGACCCUGCUCCAAGUGCCAAGAUCGGAGGCAUGAUCGGAACCAACUGUUCUGGCACCAACGCUGUUCGCUACGGAACCAUGCGCGAUUGGGUCAUCAAUAUGACAGUGGUUCUUGCUGACGGGAGUGUCGUCAAGACUCGACGCCGUCCCCGCAAGUGCAGCGCAGGAUACAACCUGAACGGCCUCAUCGUAGGAUCUGAGGGGACUCUCGGUAUCGUUACGGAAGCAACCCUCAAGCUCGCCGCUGUACCGGACCAUUUCUCCGUGGCCGUGGUCCCCUUCGAUGACUUACGGGGUGCUGUCUCUGCUGCUGCUGAUAUUAUCCGGAGAGGUGUUCAAGUAGCAGCUGUCGAGCUCAUGGACGAAACACAGAUGAAGAUCGUCAAUGAGGGCGGUGCAACACGGCCACGCGUUUGGAAGGAGACGCCAACACUGUUUCUCAAGUUCUCUGGCACGAAAGGAACAGUUGAUGACAACAUCAAAACGGUCCGAGAGAUCAUGAAGCCGUAUAGCCCGCUUGCCUUUGAGUUCGCACGAGAUGAGCGAGAGCAGAAAAUGCUGUGGUCGGCCAGAAAGGAGUCUCUCUACUCUCUCCUGGCGAUGAGAGAGGAUGGGGAAGAGAUGUGGAACACCGAUGUGGCCGUUCCGCUUAGCAGAUUAGCCGACAUCAUCGAAGACAGCAAAGCCCACGCCGCUUCUCUGGGCUUGAAAGCCUGCGUGAAAGGACACAUCGGCGACAGCAACUUUCACGAGAACAUCACAUACAACAAGGCGGACCCUCAAGAGGCCGAGAAAGCCAAGAUUGCGGUAAAGACCAUGGUCAAGCGCGCGCUCGAGAUGGAAGGCACCUGCACCGGAGAGCAUGGAGUUGGCAUCGGUAAGAAGGAUGCCUUGUUGCAGGAGGUUGGUCAAGACACUAUCCAGGUCAUGAAACUUUUGAAAGGAGUGUUGGAUCCUUAUUGGAUCAUGAACCCAGGCAAAGUGUUCAACAGAUAG